UUGUGCGAAACUGCGUUGUAACGAAAAUUUUACUAAACGCGAAUAGUCUAUAAACGUUGUAAAUUUAUUUUAAAAAUAACAAUAGGCAAGCAAGCAACUAGACUCGACGUUAAAGGCCACAACAUAGAAGAACUGCUAAAGCCGAGCAGUGAGGCACUUAAAAUGGCUGAGGAAUACAUGCCAGAUGUUAACAUGAUGGACACCAUUGUGCCCGCUCUAUUAGGUCUGACGGCAGCCGCAGUACUGUCCACAGUGGCUUGCAUCUGUGCCAAGCAGAUGCGCAUACGGAACAAAAAGCAGAGCCAGCAUGACGCCUCGUUUCCCUUUCAACCGACACGACGUCCGACCGCAGUUCGUUCGCCGAGUGGACAGCCCCCUCAUUAUUUGAAAAAAUCACCAUCGCCUACAGGUGGAAAGCAAAUGAGCUUGCUUUCACCGAUGCAAGAUAAGUCGGUGUCACCAAUUGGGGCGCAGCCCAUCAAAUAUACUGAGGAAGACGAGUCAUCCCAGCCACAGCUGCAGCAAAACUCCGGCAAGCUGAACGUUGUGGACAGCUCCAAGCAACCUAAUCAUCAUCACUCGCCUGUUGAGACCAUUGCCAACGGUAAUGUGACCAUUACCUUGGACGAGUCUCUAACCAAUGGCAAGGAGCUAACCGUAUGCGAUCAGUAUGGCAAACUUGGCACAAUUUACUUCAAGCUACGCCAUCUGGCUGAACGUAAUGCGCUCAUGGUCUCAAUCAUACGAUGCCGUGGAUUGCCAUGCAAAGGUGGCACCAGCGGCACAGGCGACAUACCCACGGGCAUGAAUGGACGCACACAGCCAGCCACGGAUCCGUAUGUGAAGCUGCAGCUGCUGCCAGACAAACAGCAUAAGGUAAAGACUCGUGUUGUGCGCAAUACACGCAAUCCCGUUUACGAUGAGGACUUCACUUUUUAUGGCCUGAACAUGAACGAUCUGCAGAACAUGAGCCUGCACUUUGUCAUACUUAGCUUUGAUCGUUAUUCUCGCGAUGACGUCAUCGGCGAGGUUGUCUGCCCCCUGUCAUCGAUUGAGAUUGGAGAUAUAUCGAAGGAGGCGCUCUCCAUUAGCAAGGAAAUCCAACCACGCAGCCUCAAGAUACGCGCCCAGGGCCGUGGCGAACUGCUUAUUUCUCUCUGCUGGCAACCAGCAGCUGGUCGUCUUACUGUCGUAUUGCUGAAGGCUCGCAAUUUGCCGCGCAUGGACGUUACCGGUCUGGCUGAUCCCUAUGUGAAGAUCUACUUGCUGUACAAUGGCCAGCGCAUAGCCAAGAAGAAGACACAUGUCAAGAAGCGCACGUUGAGUCCAGUUUUUAAUGAGAGUUUCGCUUUUGACAUACCAGCUGCUGAGGGCACUGGUGCCACUUUGGAGGGCGUCUCACUUGAGCUUAUGCUACUCGACUGGGAUCGCGUGACCAAGAAUGAGGUUAUUGGACGCUUGGAACUGGGCGGCCCCAAUUCAAGCAGCACAGCAUUGAAUCAUUGGAAUGAGGUUUGCAAUUCACCCCGUCGCCAAAUUGCCGAGUGGCACAAGCUGAAUGAGUAAUUUGCCGGAAGCUGAUUGAAUUUUGAGGAGACCGUGCCGGCGCUGGCGCCGUAUCCACAAAAGAUCACAUCAUUUGUUUUUACUUUUGUCCUGAUUGCUCUUUAAUUGAAAUGAAGUAAUCAACUACAUAUACACACAGAUUUGCGUUUGGUAUCUUACUCAAAAUUUAUUUAUUUAAAAAAGCUAAAAUUUUUGUUGAGACGAACGUCGCAAAAGAAAAAGUUGAAUGAAAAAUUAUAUAAAUGUAUUAGAAAAUGUUUAGUAUAUAAUAAUGCAUGUAAAUGUAAGAGAAGUACGAUAAAGACAAUAUCGUAAUAGGUAUAUGAACAAAACGUAAGCAACAGGUAAACCAUACAUAAACAGUAAUUUUUGCUAUUUUACAUAUUUCAAAUUUUAUGUGAGGGAUAAAUGUAAUUUAAGACGUGUUUAAAUUUUAUCUGAGCAUUACUUUUUUUUUUGAUAUUAAGCAUUUCCCACAGUUUCAAGGUUUGGUAAAGUCCUGCAGCUAACAAUUAUUUUUACUGUAUUUAUACUUUUAAUUAUACAAUCACUAAAAGGACACCAAUAUGGCAUAAAUAUAUAAAUACAUAUACAUAAAUAGUGUUUUACGAAGGUAUGUAAGAGUAUCCAGACAGUGAUAAGAACGCUACUGGAUAAUUAAAUUUAUAUAUAUAC